AUGAAAAUGCACAAAUAUUUGCGUUUAAACAUAAUUGAAAAGGAUGCUUUUACAACAAAUAAGGAACACGCUGUCACAACACCGACGACGUGGGUGAUAGCUUGUGCGUACGCACCUAGCGGACAACUCGUUGCAUGUGGCGGUCUUGACAAUAAGGUGACAGUAUACUCAUUAAGUUUGGAAGAUGAUAUGUCAGCAAAGAAGAAGACAGUGGGCACCCACAUCUCGUACACGUCUUGUUGCGUCUUUCCCAAUAGCGACCAACAAGUGAUCACAGGCAGCGGUGACAGUACCUGUGCGCUCUGGGACGUCGAAAGUGGUCAGCUGCUGCAGAGCUUUCAUGGGCACUCGGACAGUGUCAUGUCCAUCGACUUGGCACCUAGUGAAAUCGGAAACACUUUUGUCUCUGGUAGCUGCGAUAAGCUGGUUAACAUUUGGGACAUGAGGAACGGCUUAUGCGUGCAGAGCUUCGAAGGCCAUGAGUCUGAUGUCAAUUCGGUACGAUUCCAUCCAAGCGGCGAUGCGGUCGCCACAGGCUCGGACGACGCAACCUGCCGCCUAUUCGAUCUGCGCGCUGACAAGGAAGUCGCCAUCUACUCGAAGGAGAGUAUAAUCUUUGGCGCAAACGCGGUCGACAUGUCGGUGAGCGGUCGCCUGCUAUUUGCCGGCUACAACGACUACUCGGUCAACGUCUGGGACACGCUCAAGUGCCAGCGUCUGGCGCUGCUCUACGGACACGAGAACCGAGUCUCCUGUUUACGCGUCUCGCCCGACGGUACUGCUCUGUCCACCGGCAGCUGGGACACGACCUUGCGGGUCUGGGCUUAAUCGAGGUAUUCCGAGCUUUCUCUCUCGUUAUAUUUUUUUUUUUUCCAUUUAACUUGACGUUUUGAAACGAGCAAUUCUCAGCUGCCAUGUUACCUAAUUCGGGACGUCAUUCACGUCUUUUGUUUCAUUCUUUUAUAAUUUAAGUUAUUAAUUUAUUGAUUUAUUUAUUUACC